GGCCGCUCCGUCCGGCGUCCGCCAUUUUAAAAACAGCGUGGUUUAGGUAUUAUUGUGUUGUAAUCAAAAUAAUAGAAAAACAAUAGUUUAUUGUUACUUUAGAGUGUAAUAUAUAGUUUAUGUUGUGAUUAAUUAUUAAAGAAGAAUGCAGACAGGCAGUGGAACUAAAAAUCCACCAUGGGCCCGAUCAAAUGUGAACACAAACAUGACCGGCAUGAAUCCCCAAAUAAUGGAUCCAAACGCCGCUAUGAUGACUCAACAAGGCAUGAUGCCAUUCCAACAAUCACAGGCGGUGUUUAAUCCAAGCAUGAUGCAAGCGCAAAGUGGUAUGGCAAUGCCAAUGUCAGGGCAGAUGCAGAUGAACCAAAUGGCUCAAAACCAAAUGUAUCCAGGAAAUGUGGUAGCGUAUCCCACACCACGAGCUUUAAACCCAAACAUGUACCAAAACAGCGGCGCUAAUCAAAAUCAACAAACUAACGAGCAGCGUGUUUUCACCGGCACCGUCACAAAGACUCACAAUGACUUUGGUUUUGUAGAUCACGAUGUUUUCUUCCAAACCUCUGUGUGCGCUAAAGGGUCUAUCCCCAAAGUUAACGAUAGAGUGCUAGUGGAAGCAACCUACAAUCCUAACAUGCCGUUCAAAUGGAACGCGACGCGCGUGCAGGUGCUACCGAAGGCCGGACCGAACCAGAAAGUCAACACUCCCAAAACAAACGCGUAUAACGCAGUGCCGCCGCCGUCUAACAAAAAAACAAUUCUAUCACGUCGAGACGAUCGCAGAGAUGAUCGAGUCUCACGACGAGAUGACAGAUCCAAUACAAUGUCAAACAGGAAGAGAUCCCGUACCAGAAGCCGCUCCAGGUCUCGGGACAGGCGUGACAGUCGCAACCGUAGGGACUCUCCACCACGCAAACGUACUUUUGUACAUCAGCCGUCGCCUGCCAAAUAUGUUGUACGAAUGCCAAGAAUUCCCCUAGAUGUUCAAAAAAUUGAUGUGCCUACACUAUCUCAGAGAUACACCAAUCUGUAUAUACCUUCGGACUUCUUCAACGCAUAUGUGAAGUGGGGCGAAACAUUCCCCCCACAGGCACCGUUUUCUCUGAAUAAUCCUUGUGCAUAUCACAUCAUGAGCCGAGAUGUUCCUGAUCCUAGUCCCAAUGAUGCGGUAUUAGAACCUCCGGAUGCAGACUACAGAUUUUCAGCCAAGGUUAUGUUGAUCAGUAUGCCAACAUUAGAGAGUCUCUAUCAAAAGUGUGGUCUAACAAAAGUUGAUGAAAAGGACAAGCGUAGCAACAAAAACCCUUUGCAUCCUACUAGGUUGAUCAAAUUCCUUGUCGGGCAAAAGGGUAAGGGGGGUGAAAACUUUGCUAUAGGUGGGCCUUGGAGUCCUUCCCUAGAUGGCGAAAAUCCAGACACAGACCCUGGUGUUUUGGUCAAAACUGCUAUAAGGACUUGCAAAGCCCUUACGGGUGUCGAUUUGUCCAGCUGCGCACAAUGGUACCGAAUGGUGGAGUUUUACUACUGGCGCGAGGGCGGCGGCGGCAAAUCCCGACUAGAGUGUGUGGUGUUGUUCCUGCCAGACGUGUGGUCGGCACAGCCGUCGCGCGUCGACUGGACCACUGUCACCGACCACUAUAAGGCGGCCUGUGACGCUGCUUUGAAAAAACUAGACGGCGACCAAGAGAAGAGCUCCGGCGACGAGGCGCCGAGCGGCGAGCCCGAUGCGGCCUCCGUCGACGACGGCGCUAAGGACAAAUCGCAAAUUGAGGCAUCAGAACCAAAUAAGGAUGACAGUACCAUUACAAUAGAUGAAAAUGAUGAUGAUGACGAGGACAAGCCGGAACCAACUCAUUAUUCACAAAUUGAACUGAGAACUAUUAAAGUUGAGCAAUUGAGACAAGAACUUCGUGCACGAAACGUAAGCUGCAAAGGAAUACGGAGUCAACUGGUAUCACGCUUAUCAAAGCUACUGAAGACAGAAGAAGAAAAGGAGCAGAAGGGUGAAGAAGUCAUGGAGGUAGAAGAUGAGGACCAGGACGAGAAGAGAAUAUCAACUGCAGACAAGAAAGAAGAAAAAGAUACAGCUGAUGAGUCUGCAAUAAUUGCUGACAAAAAAGAUGUUGACGAGUCAACAGAUAAAGAUAAAAUGAAGGAUAGCAACAAAAAGGACAAUGACAAUAAGGACAAAGUUGAAGAAAAGAAAGAGAAACCAAAAACGGAAAAGGAAAUUGAGGAAGAAAAGAAAAAGUUGGAAAAGGAGAAGCUAACAUUGAAAUCGCGCUACGCAAUGCCAACGACGCCGCACAUAAUCGUGCACCCGUCCGCGACAGCCAAGGCGGGCAAAUUCAGCUGCAACGUCGCCACCGUCUCACUGUUGCUGGACUAUCGCAUCACUGACAACAAGGAGCACAGCUUUGAGCUGUUCGUAUUCGCGGAGCUAUUUAACGAAAUGCUGAUGCGCGACUUUGGGUUCUACAUCUACAAAACGCUGUACACAUUGCCUGAGAAACCAGAGAAAGUUGAUGAGUCCAAGGAAAAGGAUAAAAGUGUUGACAAGAAUGACAAAAAGGAAGAUAAGGCGAAAGUAGAUGAUAAAAAGGAGGAGAAAAAGGAUGACAAGGAGAAAAAGGACGAUAAGGAGAAAAAGGAUGACAAGGACAAAAAGGAUGACAAGGACAAAAAGGAAGAUAAGGAGAAAAAGGAUGACAAAGACAAAAAGGAUGACAAAGACAAAAAAGAAGAUAGCAAAGACAGGAAAGACGAUAAACGCAGGCGUGAUAGACGGGACUCGCACAGCGACGACGAACGCAGCCAAUCGCCGCGACGCCGCAGCCGAGGGGUGGAACUCCCCCCCGACCCGUACCUGCUGCUGUCCCUGGUGUACUUCGACACGGCGCGCGGCGGCAGCAUCGCGCGCAAGGACCUGCAGAACCUGUUCACCAGCCUCGGCCUGCAGCUGUCGCGCUCGCAAGUGCGCAGCAUACUCGAGAAAGUGUGCAUACGCGAUGUCUUCAGCUACAAGACUCUUAUUCAAGCGGUCAAAGAUUUGUCAGCGGGCUCCCAAGAAUACAUGCAAGAUUUACCACUCGACGGCACCAUUGUGACCAGUGAAAUGCCUCCACAAAUUGCCGAACUGGAGGCAACCAUAGCGGCUGGUAACAGAGAACUGCUGCCCAUAUUCAACAGAGGCAGCGAUGACGGCGAAAGUACUGCGGAAACUAAAGAUGUUAGCAACAGUGGUAUAGUUAUGUACAAGUCGCGGCUCGUGGACGUGGGCGCGCUAGUGCUGGGCGCGGCGCGCUGGGCGGGCGAGCGCGCGCGGCUCGAGACGGCGCUGCGCGACACGAGCGCCGCGCUCAAGGCGGCGCGCGCGGCCGCGGCGCGCACGCAGAAUGCGGAGCGCGGCGCGCAGUCGCAGCUGAGCGAUGUGUCGUCGGCGCUCGCUGCUGCGCGGGCGAAGAUCGCGUCGCUCACGGCCAGUUCUAAAAUAUUCCAUUCCGCACUCAAGAGCAUCCAAUCGAAAGUGGAAGCUGUGGUUAACAUCAAAUAUGAGGACGACGAUGUUGUUGAAGUCGUCAAUGGACCUAUGAAACCUGAAGAUAAGAAAGAUGUGAAAGACAUAAAGCUGUCGGUAACAGAUAAAACAGAAGGCGGUGACGAAAAUGUUACAGAGAUUAAUGAUGAUAGUGUUAAAGACCAGAAAACUGAAAAAAUUGAGGAAAAUUUAACAGACUUGGUUCAAACUAAAGAAGACAUUAUGACAACAGAGAACAUGGAUCUUGACGAUAAGGAAUGAAAAUAUAUGUGAUUUUGGAAACUUACCUACUUUAAAAAUAAAAUAAUUACAUAUUGAAAUUUGUGUCAUCUGCCCAAAUAGCAAUAUUUUUCUUGUAAAAGUAAAAAUAAAGUAUAGUUUAAAUGAGUAUGAAAGAAAAAUCAACAUCGUAAAGAAACUUGCAUACCUGAGGAUUUUCUUAAUUUUCUACAUAAUAUGUGAAGUAUGCCAAGCCAUAUUGGCCUAGUCCCUCUCAUUCUGAGAGGAGACUCGUGCUCAGCAGUGAGCCGAAUAUGGGCUGAUAAUGAUGAAUGAUAUCUGUAACUUCGAGUCUGCUCUAAACACAAGACUUAACUGCAUAUACAAAAACGUGUGUUGCAACUUAUAGGGAACUAGAAAUUUGGAUAGAAAUCUUUAUAAAAUACUUUUGAAAAUAAUAAUUUGUAUAUUAUGGUAAUAACAUGCUCAUGUUAAUGAAUGUGGACGUCAAAAAAAAUGUUUAACUAUUAAAUCUACAUAAAAAGUAUGUUAGAAUUUGGAAUAAGUUUACGGUGAUAUUCUUUAUUAUAAGUGAGCGUGAGAAUGUAAACUUGAAAAUGUGUGAUUCAAUUAUUUGUGUGAUGUGGUGCGCGCGCUGAAACUUAACGCGUUCGCUGCAGCACUGAUUUUUCUGUACGAGGUUUUUUGACCUCGUACUAAAACAAUCAGUGGUGUGAUACGAGGUCCAUCGACCUCGUACCUCUUGAAGACGUGAUAGGUACCUACGAGGUCAAUUGACCUCGUCCCGCAGUGAACGUGUUAAAUAGAUAAGUUGGUCGUGUGUGCGCGCUCUUAUUGGUAAAAGCAAUAGUAAUAAACAUGUGAAAAUUG